GCAAAGGCAGAAACACCUCAAAGCCUGCAUGUAAGAACAUCUACUGAGAAAUUAUUUUAAUCAGACUCCCGCUGAGUGGGGUAAAGAAAAAGAACAGAGAAGAACAAGCAGCACUUCUUGGUCCUGGAUGUAAGAGAACCCAGCAGCGAUGGGCUGGCACUUCAGAACAGCUGCGGUGCUGUUCAUUUUCCUGGUGAUGGUAGAAGUUAACAGUGAAUUUCGAAUCCAGGUAAGAGAUUAUAACGCCAAAAAUGGCACCAUCAAGUGGCACUCAAUCAGGAGGCAACGGCGUGAAUGGAUCAAGUUUGCUGCAGCUUGUCGUGAAGGUGAAGACAACUCAAAGAGGAACCCAAUAGCCAAAAUUCAUUCAGAUUGUGCUGCAAACCAGCAAGUUACAUACCGCAUCUCUGGAGUAGGAAUUGAUCAACCACCUUUUGGAAUCUUCAUUAUUAAUCAAAAAACUGGUGAAAUUAACAUAACAUCCAUAGUUGAUCGAGAAGUCACCCCAUUUUUCAUUAUCUACUGUCGAGCUCUGAAUGCACAGGGCCAAGAUUUAGAGAGACCUCUUGAGCUCAGAGUUAGGGUUUUGGAUAUAAACGACAACCCGCCAGUAUUUUCUAUGUCUACUUUUCUAGGACAAAUAGAAGAAAAUUCUAAUGCAAAUACACUGGUCAUGAGACUCAAUGCUACUGAUGCAGAUGAACCAAAUAAUUUGAACUCAAAAAUAGCCUUCAAGAUCAUAAGCCAGGAACCUUCCGAUUCACCCAUGUUUAUUAUCAACAGAUACACUGGAGAAAUUCGAACAAUGAAUAAUUUUCUAGACAGAGAGCAAUAUGCCCAAUAUUCUCUUGCUGUAAGAGGCUCAGACCGAGAUGGUGGGUCAGAUGGUAUGUCAGCAGAUUGUGAAUGCAGCAUUAAAAUCCUCGAUGUCAAUGAUAACAUCCCAUACAUGGAACAGACUUCAUAUAACAUAAAAAUCGAUGAAAAUGCUCUGUAUUCAGACUUGCUCCAAAUUAGAGUCAUUGAUUUGGAUGAGGAGUACACAGCGAACUGGAUGGCAGUAAUCUUCUUUAUCUCUGGAAAUGAGGGAAAUUGGUUUGAUAUAGAAAUGAAUGAAAAAACAAAUGUGGGAAUUUUAAAGGUUGUUAAGCCCCUAGAUUAUGAAGCAAUGGAGAAUCUACAACUUAGCAUUGGUGUUAGAAAUAAAGCUGAAUUUCAUCAUUCAAUUAUGUCUCAAUAUAAGCUCACAGGGACUGCAGUCUCUGUGGUUGUGAAUAAUGUCAUUGAAGGCCCAGUGUUCCGUCCAGGUUCAAAGACAUUUGUAGUAACUAGUGAUAGAGGACAAAAUUAUGCAGUGGGAUCUUUUAUAGCUACUGAUCUGGACACCGGUAUGGAUUCAACAAAUGUUAGAUAUGUAAUGGGAGAUAAUCCAACAGAUCUGCUCUCGGUUGAUUCAAAAACGGGGGUUAUUACUUUGAGAAAUCAAGUUACCUGGGACCAAUAUAAUAUUCUUGGUGGAAAAUACCAAGGAACAAUUCUAUCUAUAGAUGAUAAUCUUCAAAGAACUUGUACUGGUACAAUUGUUAUUGAUCUUGAAGGUGACGGCUGGAAAAUUCCUGGCACUACUCCAACAUAUGAAGUUAUUUCUUCUACAGAUGUAUAUGUUUCUAAUCAGGUUACUGUCAACAAAGAAAAUGUUGGUGGAGGAGAGAGUGGCUAUUUAGAGGUGCCCAUGUUCCCAGAUAAUGUACAUUUUGGUCCUGCUGGCAUUGGGCUACUCAUCAUGGGAUUCUUGGUCCUAGGAUUGGUCCCGUUUUUAAUGAUCUGUUGUGAUUGCGGAGGUGCCCCUGGUGGUGGAGCUGGCUUUGAGCCUGUUCCUGAAUGUUCAGAUGGAGCAAUUCAUUCGUGGGCAGUAGAAGGACCAGGGCCUGAGUGCCAGGGUCUGACCACCAUCCCUAUACCACAAAUACCAACAGGUGCAAAUAUAAUUGAAUGUAUUGACACUUCAGGGGUUUACACAAAUGAGUAUGGUGGCAGAGAAAUGCAAGAUAUGGGAGGAGAAGAAAGAAUGACAGGAUUUGAACUAGCCGAUGGAGUUAAAACAUCAGGAGGACCUGAGAUAUGUCAAGAAUAUUCUGGAACAUUAAGAAGAAAUUCUAUGAGGGAAUGUCGAGAAGGAGGUCUGAAUAUGGGCUUCAUGGAAAGUUACUUCUGUCAGAAAGCAUACGCAUAUGCAGAUGAAGAUGAAGGACGCCCAUCCAAUGACUGUUUGCUCAUAUAUGAUAUUGAAGGUGUAGGUUCCCCUGCCGGCUCUGUGGGUUGUUGUAGCUUCAUUGGAGAAGACUUUGAUGACAGCUUCUUGGAUACACUGGGGCCUAAAUUUAAGAAGUUGGCAGAUAUCAGCCUGGGAAAAAGUGUUGAACCAUAUCCAGACUUUGAUGUUUCUUGGCCACCUGAGAGCACGGAACCAGUAUACCCUCAGCAGGGAACAGAGCCCAUUGCUAGUGGACACCCACCCAUCUCCCCACGCUACGGCACUACCACAGUCAUUUCUGAGAGUGCCUACCCCUCAGGACCGGGUAUACAGCAUCCUAUGGUUAUUCCUGAUCCUCUGGGCUAUGGUAAUGUCACUGUGACCGAGUCUUACACCACCUCUGGCACUCUGAAGCCCUCUGUCCACGUUCAUGAUAACCGACAUGCCUCAAACGUGGUAGUGACAGAGAGGGUGGUCGGCCCAAUCUCUGGUGCCGAUUUGCAUGGAAUGUUAGAGAUGCCUGACUUAGGAGAUGGGUCAAACGUGAUAGUAACAGAAAGGGUAAUAGCACCUAGUUCAAAUCUACCCACCACUUUGACCAUCCAUGAUCCUAGAGAGUCUUCCAAUGUGGUGGUGACAGAAAGAGUAAUCCGACCAACUUCUGGCAUGAUGGGCAGUUUGAGUAUACACCCCGAGUUAUCAAAUGCCCACAAUGUAAUCGUGACAGAGAGGGUUGUUUCUGGCUCUGGCGUAACUGGAUUUAGUGGCCCAGCUGGGAUCAUUGGAGGCAGUGGCACAGUCAGCAGUGGCCUGGUUAGCAGUGAAGCUGGAAUAAGUGGUGGUGGCAUUGGGAUGAGUGGUCUGGGAGGAGGCGGGGGCCUAAGUAGCAGCAUGGGGGGGACAGCCGCCAUUAGCCAUAUGAGGAGCUCUUCUUCUGACCAUCACUUUAGCCAGAACCUUGGGUCCGCCUCCCCUAGCACAGCCCGAAGUCGAAUCACCAAGUACAGUACAGUGCAAUAUACUAAGUAGCCAGGAUUCCAGCACACUUUUUCUCAGUAAUUGUGACUUAGCUUCAAUUCCCACCACCAAAAAGCUAACAACUAGGUACUAAGGUUAUUGCAGAGCAAGAUGAGAAACCACAGUGAGAAAAAUAGAUGGAAACCGAGCUGUCGGGUAAAAGCUCUCCUUAGCAUUGGUAAACUUUUUUCUUAUAUUAAUACCAGUGGAAUCAUGAUCAUGAACUAAAUCUUGAGACAGGGUUUCCUUCAUUUCUAUGUGGCCUGUAGUGCAUCUCCAGCAUGUGGAAGAAAUAAAACGUGGUCAUGUAAAAGCACUGGCCUUAAGAUGGCAAUUAGCAUAAUUCUCUUGCUCUUAUUUGAUUUGCCAUGUAUCUCUUGCAAUAUUUAAAAAGAACUAAACAUUCAAUGUGUUCAUGUAUGUGGGAAGAAUUUGAAAUUUGUGUCAAAUGCCCUGUCAGUUUCACAGAUAAUAUAAAUAAAAAUCCAACCACAUAUUCAGACCAUGGUUAACCAUUAAAGAAAAAAGAAUCUUGUUACAUAGCCAAGUCCACAAACCACGAAGCAUUCCUACCUUAAUAACUGCACUAGGUGAAAUAAAUCUCAAAUUAGGAAACGCUUCCUGGGAGGGAAAUUCCAUAAGAGUGGCAACAAGGUGAGAUCCAUUUGGGAUAACUGACCAUGUCUGAACUUGAAUCUUGAGAUGGGGCUUCAGCUAAAAUUCUUAGGGAGUCAAGACUUUUCUGCUUCUAGUUUGCAUUUAGUGUAGACGCAAUAUUAAUUACUAUCGCCUACUGGUGAGGUUGCAGGAUAUCACACUCAUUUUUCUCUUUACUGCUGUGAUUCUGACUUAAUAAAGGAAAACCUGCCAAGUAUACUUCUCAGAUUUAAGCAAAUAACAACUGACAUGGUUGUCCUCACUAGUGGUAGUCUACCUUGCAAGGAAGCAGACAGGAAUUGCAUUGUAUUUUCAGAUUGUGUUUUUAGUAACUAUUAUUCAUUUAUAUAAAGCUCUUUAUUGUACAUCUCCUAAGUUAAAAUGCUUUACUUAAGCUGAGCUGUAUGGUUACGCUUUGGGGGAAUUUUUAAAAGGGGAUCUAAAAAAAAAGUUUUUAGAACAUGUAACAUGUUUAAUGGGGAAAGUUAGAAUUGUUCAGUAAAGUAAUACUGUACUAUUAGUUUGAAUUGAGUUUAAUACUUUCUAAACAACCCUCUGCUGCUAUUUUGAAGGGCUCAACUAGAAACUUUUAACAGAGUUGAUGAUAUUGUGUUAACACAAAUGAAAUUGUACUAGACAACCCCUUUUCUUUAUUCUAUCUCACUCCCAACUGAAUUUUUGCACUAGCAUAAAUUUUACAUUCCUGAUUUGAUUUGUCAAUACACUCUUGUUUUAUACAUGGUCCAACUUAUAGAUUCCAAAUUAAAUCUUAUGAUAUAUGUUUCUAGCUUCAAAUUUUAAUAAUGUAUAUUUCUGUAAGUUUGCUAUAUAGUAUUACCUGGUUAAAAAAAAAAAAUCUGUAAAUAGAAUCAAAGCAUUGUUAGACAGAGGUAAAUUUACCACUGCAUGGUAAAGGAAUUUUUUUCUCUUUUCUAAAAUCAGUGUUAAUGUGGGUUCACUAAAGUAAAACUGGAUAUGACAAUAUAUUUUAAGGGUUAUUACCUCCAAUUACUCAAAUUUCCUAGGGCAUUACGGAUUAAAAAAUUAGUUAUUCCAUUUCCAACACUUGCCAAAGGGGGCUGGGGAAUGAGUUAUUUUACGUAGAGCUGUCUAGCUCUAUGUUAAUAGCAGAUGAUGUCAAUAUUUUCAGAGCCACAGUAUGCAUCAUAUUUAAACUCUGUAGACUAUGUGAAAUUGUGAUGUUCUGUAGCAUGCCAAAAUGCAGAGGUGUAAAUAAAGUCAUUCACAGGGAGUCUUUCUAUUAUUUCUUUCUCUUAGUUGGGGGCUCCAUUAAUGAUGGGUACUUUUUUCCAGAAAUAAAGCCAAAGGGUAUUUAUUCAAAUAUAUUUGAGUAUAUUUAGGUGCAGGAGUUUGAAGAACUAAAAAUAAUUAUUAGUUAAUUAAUUAAAGGAAGUGAUAUCUGAUGACAAGUAGCUUACUUGUCACUUGGAUAUGACAUAUUAUCAAAAGUGUUUACUUGAGACUCCUGAUAGUGUCCAGAUAUGUUUUUUAGGUUGUCUAAAAAAUGCCAGAAUGACCAUCUUUAAUAACUGUUGAUAUUAAGAUCCAUUGGUUACAUAAAACCAUGGGAAAUUCAAGAAAAAAAUAGUAAUAUUAUUCAUCAAUUUUUCC